CCCCGCCCCCCGGCAGGUCCUGGGGCUGCGUCCGCCCGGGCCAGGGAGAGCGGCUGUGAGCCCCUGGGCACGAGCAGCUGGGGGGCAGCCGUGGCGUGGCCACCCUGCGCCCCUCCCUGGUCUCAACCCCAGCCCGGGAGGCGGGCGCCUUGUUGGAGGGCUCUGCAGUGACCUGUGGCCCACGCUUCGCGCCACCCGCUGACCCCUGCGGCCGCGGCCCCUCCGCUGAGGGCCCCGGUUUCGGCCCGGGACGCCCCGGAGCAUGGAGCCCUUCCUCAGAAAGCGCCUGGCCUUCCUGGCCUUCUUCUGGGACAAGAUCUGGCCGGUGGGCGCGCCGGACGACGGCGUCCUGGGGCUCCCCGACCCUGAGGCCGGCGCGGAGCCAGAGCCCCCCGCCGCAGAGCCCCGCAGCUCCCCGGCGCCCGCGCAGCUCUUCAGGGCGCUGUACGACUUCACCGCGCGGUGCGCCGACGAGCUGAGUGUCAGCCGCGGGGACAGGCUCUAUGGCCUCAAGGAGGAGGGCGGCUACAUCUUUGCCCGCAGGCUCUCCGGUCCGCCCAGGGCCGGGCUGGUGCCCAUCACCCACCUGGCCAAGGCCACCCCGGAGACGCUCUUGGACCAACCCUGGUACUUCAGCGGCGUCAGCCGUGCCCAGGCCCAGCAGAUGCUCCUGUCUCCGGCCAACGGGCCUGGGGCCUUCCUCAUCCGACCCAGCGAGAGCAGCCGCGGCCACUACUCACUGUCAGUCCGGGCCCAGGCCAGCGUUCGCCACUACCGCAUCUGCACGGCGGCUAACGGCCUCUACCUGCAGGAGGGCCGGCUCUUCCCCAGCCUGGAGGAGCUGCUCGCUUACUACAAGGCCAACUGGAAGCUGAUCCACAACCCGCUGCUGCAGCCCUGUGUGCCCCAGGGCGCAGCAGGAGGAGGCCCCGAGUGCCCCCCACCCCCUCAGCAGCCUCUCCUGCAGGACGGGUGGGAGCGGCCUCGCUCCGAGUUUGCCUUGCGGAGGAAGCUGGGAGAAGGCUGCUUCGGGGAGGUGUGGGAAGGUCUGUGGCUCGACUCCACACCGGUGGCAGUCAAGGUCAUCAAGUCAGCCUACGUGAAGCUGGCAGACCUCACCGAGGAGAUCCAGACUCUCAAGAGCCUGAGGCACGAGCGUCUCAUCCGGCUGCAUGCCGUGUGCUCGGCCGGCGAGCCCGUGUACAUCGUCACCGAGCUCAUGCGCAAGGGCAAUCUUCAGGCCUUCCUGGGCAGCCCCGAGGGACGGGCCCUGGGCCUGUCCCUCCUGCUGGGUUUUGCCUGCCACGUGGCCGAGGGCAUGAGCUACCUGGAGGAGAGGCGCAUCGUGCACCGCGACCUGGCCGCCAGGAACGUGCUUGUGGGUGAUGACCUGGGGUGCAAGGUGGCCGACUUUGGCCUGGCCCGGCUGCUCAAGGAGGACAUCUACUCCCCAAGCAGCGGCUCCAAGAUCCCCGUCAAAUGGACGGCGCCCGAGGCAGCCAACUACCGCAUCUACUCCCAGAAGUCGGACGUCUGGUCCUUCGGAGUCCUGCUCUAUGAGGUCUUUACCUACGGCCAGUGUCCCUAUGAAGGUGGGCCGCAGGGGGGGCCUGAUGCCGGCCGGGCAGGGUCUGGCCAAGAGCUGGGGGGAGGCGCCCACGCUGAGCCCUCAGCGGAAGAGAGCCCCCCCCCCCAGCCCUCUCGUUGCCCCUCGCCAGGACUGAGCAACCACGAGACCCUGCAGCAGGUCACCUGGGGGUACCGGCUGCCGCGCCCGGCGUCCUGCCCGGCCGAGGUCUAUGCGCUCAUGCUGGAGUGCUGGCGGAGCAGCCCCGAGGAGAGGCCCGCCUUCGCUGCGCUGCAGGAGACGCUGGACGCAGCCCGCAGGCGCCUCCACCCCGCCCUCACGUGACCUGGGGCGCUGGACGCAGGGGCUGGGGCCACUCCCCGCCCGCGUGUCCCCGCAGGACAGCACUGGCCACCAACACACACGGGUGCCGGCAGCCUGGAGCCAACUCUGACCGAGGGCUGAGGGCCCUGACACACACACUGACCCACACUGUGUGUGUGGGUAGCUGACACACGCAGACACCCGCUGACACAGGAGGGUAUGAUGGCCUUUGCCCUGCGUGACCCAGUGUCCCUGCCGAGGGAAGAACUCGGCAUAGAAGUCCAGGUGGGGGGAUGCGCUGGGUCUGCCGCCCUGGACGUCCUCCACCCCCUCCCAGGUCGAGAGCCAGAGGCCGGACUUCCCAGUGUUCUGCAGGGCCCCCCUGUGGCCAAUGUCGGGCUGGCGGGCAGACCCCAGGCGCUGGGCACACACGGCCCAGGAACAGACCCCGGCACAUGGGAAGGCAGCGGGCACGCGAUGAAUGCACACCGAGCUGACCCAGACACACGCACAGACACGCAUCACCCACAGGCCGCAGCCCCAGCCCCGGAACAGACCCGGAGCUGUCAUGGCCCACCAGCUGGUUCAUCGUGGCAGACAGACAGCUGGCCCCAUGCGGCCCAGGCCCCCGGCCCAGGAUCCUAGCGUCCAGACCGGGGACCCAGAGGAAGCAGGACUUCUGGGCCACUGGCAGGACUCUGUGCCGGCCGCGGGAGCUGUGUGAUAGUCCCUUCCAUUUCCCUGGGGCCGGAAUUGAAGGGGCGGAGGGAGGGACUGGGUCAGGCCUUGGGAAGGUCCGGCUGGCUGGCUCUUUCUGGGGACGGGGCAAAGGUCAGGGAGGCAGAGUCUGGGCCUCAGCGGCUCAGGGCCCCGGGUGCUGGCCUGCCCGUGCAGGGUCAGGCAGGGGUGGGUUGGAUGCCACGGUGUUCAGGCAACUGGGUCACAACCCGGUCUCUGAGGAAAAGGAAACUGGAGGUUUCCAGCGUGUGACUGCUCCCCCAGCGGCUGAUUUCAAGCCACUGUUGAGGUCACUGAAUGAGGAGCUGGGUGCUGGGAGGGGAGGGGGGACGAACAGCAUUGCUUCUCAAUCAUCCUGCCCAGCUCUGGUCACUAAGAGACGGACAGACGGAGGGCCGGGGUCCCGGGCAGGGGAGAUGUAUGCUCAGGGUCUUUACCCUCCACUCCUGUGCCCCCCAUGAUGACAGCUGCGCCCCGAAGGCCUGUGGGACGGAAGGACAGAGGCGGCUGAGUCUGCUCACCGUCUCCUGGAGAGAACCGCCCAUGUGCACAGUUCGAGGCAGGGUGCGCCUGCUGAGGCCAAUUAGCCCCGCCCCGCUUGACGUGAAGUGUUGGGGUUCGGAGCCGACGGCUAAGAAAGAACUCUUGAGAUGUUUUUGGUGCAAAAGGUGGUCUUAUUAAAGCGUGAGGACAGGACCUGUGGGCAGCAAGAGCCGCACUGGGGUUGUGGGGGGUGAUGGGUUAUAUAAAAUGUUCUAUCCUAUGGAGGGGAACGUGACGUUAGGGCUUCAGGAAAUUGAAUCCAUAGGUUCCCGGGAGUUUGGCUGUUGAUAAAAUGGCUUUUUUCCUUGUAAAUCAUGAAGACGGUUGUAGACUGACA